GUACCUCUCUGAGUGAACGGGACAGAGCCGACUGUGGGACCAGAACCCAGCAGGGUGACAUUCGUUUCACCGCGAACAGCUCCAGCAGCCACGUUUUGCUUCACGAAGACGCAGCGACCAGCGGAGGAUCUUGCCUUUCUGUGAGAUCAGCCUGCAUCCUCUUUGAUUCCCUCUGGCGUCACCCUUGUAAAAUGGGGUGAUUGUGUUCAUUCAUCUUUCAACUAAUUUACCUGGAAUAAGCCUAAGGUUCAACCCUGAUGUCAGAAGAUUCAGACUCCAAGCCCUACUGCUUCGCAGAGCUGGAGGACCAGAAUGGAGCCUCGGGGUGCAGACCGUCCACCUCGUGCAGCUCCAUCCCAAGGGGGGCCUCGGGGUGCAGCUCCAUGGCACAGCUCCACCGGAUGGGUGGCUACAGCCAAGGAGGGCCUGACCUAGGCCUGCCCUCCGAGGGCAGCGACAGCAGCGGCCAGGACCCUCCCGCCUCGUCGCACAAGCUUCGCAAGAAUGCUCGCUCCAGAUCGCUCCCUGAGGAGGAUGUGGAGAUGAAGAGCAGCGGGUCCAGUGGGAGUGGGACUGAAUCACACGGCAACGAGAGCCACGGCAAUGAGAGCCACGGAAAUGAGAGUCACGGCCAUGGGUCGUUGGGCAGCUCCAAUGGCAACAGCAAAGACUCAGCACUCCUGGAAUCAUCAGAGAGCAACAAGAGCUCCAACUCCCACAGCCCGUCUCCUCCGAGCAGCUCCAACGCCUUCAGUCUGCUCAGCUCCGAGCAGGACAACCCUUCAACCAGCGGCUGCAGUAGUCAGGAAUCAGCCAAAGCCAAGACCCAGAAGGAGGUGAUUAAAACUCUGAAAGAGCUGAAGCUUCACCUGCCUGCUGAGAAGAAACACAAUAACAAGGCUACCACAUUGAACACCCUCAAGUACGCCCUGCGAUGUGUGAAGCAGGUGGAAGCCAAUGAGGAGUAUUACCAGCUGCUGAUGAUCAAUGACAGCCAGCCUUCAGGCCUGGAUGUAUCUUCUUAUACAAUAGAGGAAAUAGACAGCAUCACUUCUGAAUACACCCUUAAAAACAAUGACAUUUUCGCAGUAGCGGUGUCUCUAAUCACAGGGAGGAUAGUCUACAUUUCUGACCAGGCUGCCUCCAUCCUCAACUGCAAAAGAGACGUGUUCAAGAACUCCAAGUUUGUGGAGUUCCUGACGCCGCAGGAUGUCAGCGUGUUCUACAGCUUCACGACGCCUUAUCGCCUGCCCUCAUGGAGCAUGUGCACAGGAGCAGAGUCAUCCCCGCCUGACUGCAUACAGGAGAAGUCCUUCUUCUGCCGUAUCAGCGGUGGUAAGGACUGUGAGGGUGACCUGCAGUACUACCCGUUCCGCAUGACGCCUUAUCUGAUGAAAGUCCAGGACACGGUGCAUGCUGAGGACCAGUUCUGCUGCCUCCUCCUGGCUGAGAGGGUUCUCUCCGGUUAUGACGCACCUAGAAUUCCAACGGACAAGCGCAUCUUCACGACCACGCACACUCCGAGUUGUGUGUUCCAGGAUGUGGAUGAGAGGGCGGUUCCUCUUCUGGGGUACCUCCCUCAGGACCUGAUUGGUACCCCCGUUCUCCUCCACUUGCAUCCCAAUGACCGCCCCAUCAUGCUGGCCAUCCACAGAAAGAUCCUUCAAUAUGCAGGGCAACCAUUUGACCACUCGUCCAUCCGCUUCUGCGCGCGAAACGGAGAGUACAUCAUCCUGGACACCAGCUGGUCCAGUUUCGUCAACCCGUGGAGCCGCAAGGUCUCCUUUGUUAUUGGGAGACAUAAAGUCCGAAUGGGCCCUGUGAAUGAGGACGUUUUUUCUCCGGCCUCCACUAUCAGCGAGAUGAAGACCAUGGACUCUGACAUCCAGGAGAUUACUGAGCAGAUACAUCGACUCCUUCUGCAGCCGGUUCAUAACAGCGGCUCCAGUGGCUACGGUAGCCUGAACAACGACCACCACCUGGGCAUGACCUCCUCCAACGAGAGCCUCAACAACGGCAAAAUGCAACAAGAGGAAGAGCAAGUCAGCCACAAGGCCAGACCUCGAACCUUCCAGGAAAUCUGUAAGGGAAUUCAUCUCCAGAAGAGCCAGGAGCAGCAGAUGGCUAAACUAGACAACAGAAAAAGCAGUGGCAUAGAGUCUGCACAGAAGAGCCUAGCGGUGGUGAGGCCCAAAGACCCGGCCGCUCUUUUCAACUGGAAGGAGACCGGCUCCGCUGUAGAGAACAGUAGAGGCUCUUUCCAGGAGGAGCUGGGCGUCGGUGACCAGACUGGCUCGUACUCGUACCAGCAGAUCAGUUGUCUGGACAGCGUUAUCAGGUACUUGGAGAGCUGUAAUGUUCCCAUCACCAUGAAGAGGAAGUGUCAGUCUUCCUCUAACACCACGUCCUCUAACUCCGACGAGGACAAGCAGAAAGGAGCCAGCAGCAUGCAGGUCACUGAAGAACCAGCCUUGUUGAAGAAUCAGUCUGGUCUCUCCGCUUUGGAUGAUCAAGGCAAAAAGUCCAGUGACGCGGCCACAGCGGUAGUGGGCACUUCGCUGCCCCUACCUGUACCAAACAAACCAGAAAGUGUGGUGUCCAUAACCAGCCAGUGUAGCUACAGUAGCACCAUAGUGCAUGUUGGGGACAAGAAACCUCAGCCCGAGUCAGAGAUCAUAGAGGACGUGCCAGGCGCAGGGGAGACGGCGGAACCCAGCCAGAUCCCCACAGCUCCUCCCAGUUCUGUUUCGCCUCCCAGUCAGGAGAGAGAGCCCUACAAAAGACUGGGGCUGACCAAGCAGGUUUUAGCAGCCCACACGCAGAAGGAGGAACAGGCCUUCCUGUGCCGCUUCAGGGAGCUCCGCGGACACUCGGCCCUCAAGGAAAACUGCUCUCAGUACUUGGAGCGCCAGCGAGAACAGUUCACCAGCGAUGGGACACCUGCUGCUCGACCCAGCAAACAGAGCGGACAGGGUGCGGAGCCGACCACGAGGCGAGGAACGCGGAAUAGGAAGACCAAGUCAAAGCGAGUGAAGAAGAUUGAGUCCUCAGACAGCACAGUGUCCCAACACAGACAGCAACAGCUGCGGCCUCCUCUUCUAAACCACGGCCUUAACCAGACAUCCUGGUCUCCCUCUGAAACAUCGCAAUCCGCCUUUCCCAUGGCUUAUCCUGCCGUCAUGUCAGGCUACCCCCUCCAGGUUUACCCCAGCCCCGCAGCCAGCUCCGUAGCUCCCCGCACAGACGCCACCCUGCAAAGCUUUCCUGACAACCAGUGUCCGCAAGCACCCGUCUGCCCCCCGCCCAUCCAGGCACCUCCCUUCGGCGCCCCCAUGGUCACCCCCGUUGUGGCUCUCGUGAUGCCCAACUACCUGUACCCUCUGAUGGGCCCAGGGCCACAACCACCACAUCCUGUGUACCAGGCAGACACUGGGGGUUUCCCCACCCAAACCCAGCACUGUGCUCAGGCUACGUUUCCAGGCCUGGGACCCUUCGCCCCUUUACCCGCCUUCAACGGUCACAAUCAGUUCAACGGCCAGAGCCACUUAAUUCCUCAAGCAGGCUACUUGACUCCUUCUUUCUACUUUCCUCCAACCACGGAGACCCCGAAGGCCCCAGUGGAGGGCCAGUCCCGCUCCUCAACACCACAGUCUGGAAUAGCUGGCGGCCAAGCGUCCCCGCCCUUGUUCCAGUCCCGCUGCAGCUCGCCUCUCAACCUGCUGGAGCUGGAGCUUUCCGUGGACAGACAGGACAGCACAGCGAUGUCUUCGGUGGGACAAGGGAAUAAUACGACUGAGAGGGAGAAAGGAGCGAGUCUCAACCAGGCCAAGGAGAGGGAGCUGAAACAGCCAUCUCUCAAUCUCCUUGGUCCACCUGGACCCUUGUAUUUCGAGGUCACGUCCUGUGUCUGUGAGCGUUUGUCUUGGGAUAAAGUGUGCUCUAGGCUGAGGGCUUACACCAAAGAGACAAGCUCACGCGGUGACGGCAACAACAGCGAUGCCAACUCCUCGUCCAGCGACAUGUUGGACAUUAUCCUCCAGGAAGACUCCUGUUCAGGCACCGGCUCAGCCACCUCAGGGUCCAUGGGCUCGGGGUCCAACGGCUGUGGAACUUCAGCCAGCGGGACGUCGAACAGCGGGACCUCUAAGAGCAGGACAUCGGCCAGCGGGACAUCAGCCAGCGGGACAUCAGGAAGUGGUACAGGAAGCAACAACAGUAGUAACUACUUCGGCAGCGUGGACUCAUCUCAGAACAGCCAGAAGGUCAAAGGUCACUUAAGCGGCAGUGACGAAAGGCCCGUGGAGAUGGAGCAGAGUGAACACUUCAUCAAGUAUGUACUGCAGGACCCGCUGUGGCUGCUCAUGGCCGACACAGAUGACAAGGUCAUGAUGACCUAUGAGCUGCCCUCGCGUGACAUCCAGAGGGUGCUCAGAGAGGACAAAGAGAAGCUGAGGCUGAUGCAGAAGAACCAGCCACGCUUUUCAGAGGAGCAGAAGAAAGAGCUGAUCGAGGUCCACCCCUGGAUCAAGAAGGGAGGUUUACCCAAAGCCAUAGACGUCAAGGUGUGCUCCUGCUGUGACGGCGCGCCAGAAGCAGCAGCCGCGGCGGCGGCGGCAGCGGGUGAGGAUCACCCAGACCUGAGCCUGGGUGAUGCGGAGUCAGGAGUCAGCUGCCUGCAGAGGCCCAGAGAGGAGCAAUCAAACGCUGGCGCCAUCUCUUGUCACGGCUCUUCUCUUAGCUCCACCCAGAUGCAACCAGCGAGGCAAUAAACUCAUUUUCAUAGUGACUUUUGUACCCUGCUCUGCAGAACUCCGAGGAGCAACCUUUUGAAGAAUGUGAAUAUAUUUGGUGGACAUCAAAAAACAUUUUUAUUUUAUUGUUGUUGCUUGGGAAUUGCUGGGCUCUGUGACUGUGUAUGUUUGUUCAUUUGGAGCAUCUGGUAAUGCGUGACACUUUUUUGAGUUUUAUGCACUGACUGUAAAAUGCUGAGCCCAACGAGAGAAGUACAGAAGGAUGCACAGAAGAGGUCAAACAAACACCUGUGUGCUGCACACAGCUUUUUCACUUGCCAGGAAGUGGCUCAGUGGUGUACUAACUGUUGCGGUUAAUGAAUGAAUUCAGUAUUUGAUGACGCUUCCUCAGUUACAACAACACUGAACUACGUCAGCAUGUGGUGAGAACAGGUGGAAGUUGGCCUCUGUCGUUUUUACACACAUCAAGCAAAUGAGCACAAGUGCACUUUGUGGACUGUACUGGAAGAAAAGGAAGUUACAUAUGAAACUCCCUAUUCACCGAAAUUCAUUUCAAGUGAUGCAGAAUAGUCACGGGGAGAAAAGCGACAACGGGUGAAGAUUCCCACUGCCUAGAUCACCAUCUGUGAGGAGCACAUCCAAAUUACAACAAUACUUCAUCAAAGGCCCUGCAUUCAAAAUGUUAUAAUAAAGCAUAAUAUAUAUGUAUAUAUAUUUAUUAUUGGGCCCAUUUGCAGAGAGUUACUUGGAGAAAAUGUGGAGAAAAUGAAAGUAUAAUGUAGCACAAGAAAGAAGAAUUCUUACAGAUCCUUACAUAUGAUGAGGGUGGUGAAAAUACCUGAAGCUGCACAGAGCAAACGUUGAUUUGAGAAUAUGUAACUUUUAAACUACCUUCUGUGUGUCAUUUGGUGCUGUGUCUGACAUUUUACCUUUAUGUUUUUGGUUUGGUUUCUCACAAACUGCAGUGUUUGUUUCAGCUGUGAAACAUUUAUUUCUUAGAUGCCUCGCGUUUAAAGACAUUUUAUUUACAUAUGUUUCAUAGCUUGUUUUAAUGCAUGUAACAGUCAUUGUGUCUGAGCAUAUAUAUAUAUAUAUAUAUAAAUAUAAAUCUAUUUUUACAUAAAAUAAUUUAAUAAAUAAAAAAAACAGGCCACUUAAUUUGUGGGAGGGAAAUCUAGCUUAAAGGGGACCAAGAGACUUCAUAUUUGCUGUAAAUACUAUUUUGUGUAAUUUUCUUUAAUAUAUUUCUUACCACAGACUGGAGGAUAGCAAAGCUCUGAGUCGAUGGUGGUUGACGUUCUAUGAAGUGAGGACAGUUUUGAUGUUUCCCCCCAUGGUUUAAAGUGUCCCACAUUACACUCCACGUGGCCUGAUGUUGCUCUCGUAAAUAUGGAGCAUCCUGAUCAUCAGGACUGAAGCUCAUUACCGUUCAGAACAAACGUGGUCACUUCAGACUGAUUUUAGGGUUAUUGCACUGGUAUAAAGCAGCUCAGGCAGAUGACAGGUGGCUGCGUGGAGAGAUUUCCUUCACUUUGAAGUUCAUGCUGUAAUCUGAGAGGAAACAAGUCUGCGUCUCUUUAUCAUCUGCAGACACACACUGACGUAAUGCACCUUUAUUUUAUUUUAUUUUAUUGUUCCCUUUUUUAUUUUUAAUGGAGGAGAUUAUUAUUUUUCUCUAAAUAAAAUGUUGCCCACUCUA